AUGUCGUUGACCUUCAAGCUCGCCUCUCUGGUGAUUCGUACAGUCGCAAAACCAAUAGGAAACCGAAUCAAACAGUCGGCCAGAGAACAUGACACUUUUCGAAGAUACUGCGUGGGCUUCGCUCAGGGACUCCAUCGUAUAGAUAUGCGCAUGCGACUGGGCAUUCUACACGACGCUGCUGCACAGGAACGCAUGCAUGCAAGAGAAGCUGCAGAGGCUGCCGCCAAAAAGAGACUCUCCGAAACCCCCACCGUCAGGACUGAAGCCCAGCAAAAGGCGGAUGAUCAGGCCGCUGCAGAUCUCAAAGAGAAGGAAAGCAAAGCUGUACCGAAACCCAGAAUCCGUCCGCUUUCCGAAUCAAGAGCUAUCGAGUUAGGCGCAAACUUCCUCUCCGAAUCCUUCAUCUUCGGCGUCGCCGUUGGUUUGCUCGUAUGGGACCAAUGGAGGUCGAGGAGGAAGGAGAACACACGGAGAGAGGGCAUCGACGAUCGUUUGGAGGCGCUGGAAGAUCACACUCGCCAGAUCGUUGACCUGCAAUCCGAGGUUGACCGACUUAAAUCAAAAUACGAACCUCUGGCCAAGCCCGUUGAAGGUAGCGAGGACGAAAAGAACCCCGACCAGCUAUCAAAGAAGAACUCAGAGGCUCAGGCUUCUGUGGAUAGAAAAGACACAACAACGAAUUCAGAGGCUCAGACCCCUGUGACAGAGAAAAGCACAACAAAUAAAACAGACGAAAAGGACGUAAAGUCAGAAAGGGCUGCGCUAGUGGAGCAAAGUUGA